AUGCCCGUCCACCACCUCAUGGUCGGCACCUGGACGCCGCCCGGCGCCAUCUUCGCCUUCGCCUUUGACGAUGCCGCCUUGACGCUGCGCCUGGUCAGCCGCACCGCCAUCCCUGUCGACGAGCCCAUCUCGUGGAUGACGUUCAGUCACGACAAGAAAGCCAUCUACGGCGCCGCCGCCAAGGCCUGGUCCAGCUACGCCGUCGAGUCGCCCACCUCCAUCGUGCACCAGGCUUCCUUUCCCAUGCCCCAUGACCCCCAAGCUCUCUCCCCUGGCGCCGACACCCGCGCCAUCUUCCUCCUCGCUGCCGACACCCCCCCCUACGCCGUCUACUGCAACCCCUUUUACUCCCACGCCGGCGCCGGCUCCGUCUUCUCCGUCCGUGAGCCCUCGGGCGCCCUCGCCGCCUGCGUCCAGAACUUUGCCUACCAGCCCGGCUCGGGCGUCCACGGCACCGUCUUCCACCCGGACGGCCGCCAUCUGUACUCGGCCGACCUCUCCGCCAACAAGAUCUGGGUCCACCGCCGUCGAGCCGAGCCCUCUCCAGAGCUCGACCUCGUCGGCGCCGUCGACGCUCCCCAUCCGCGCGACCAUCCGCGCUGGGUCGUCGUCCAUCCCGCGGGAACCGCCCUCUACGUCCUCAUGGAAGCCGGCAACCGCGUCUGCGAGUACGCCAUCGCCUCAUCGUCGCCUCUCCCCGUCUUCACCGGCCGCCACUUCUCCCUCGUGCCCCCCGACGAGGCCCACCAUGCCUUCGCCCGCUACCGCGGCGACGUUUGCGCCCUCUCGCACUCGGCCUCGCACCUCUUUGCCUCCACCCGCGCCUCCGACCCUGACCGCCCCGGCUACCUCGCCGCCUUUGAGCUGAGCCCCGAGGGCCGCCUGGAGCGUCGCCUCCUCCUCCAGCCCACCACCACCAGCGGCGGCCACAGCAACGCCGUCUCACCUAGCGACUGGACCGACGAGUGGCUCGCUGUUGUCGAGGAUCAGUGCGGCUUUCUCGACAUCCACCGCUGGCACAACCACACCCUUGAGCGUGUCGCCCGUGUCCAAGUGUCCGAGCCUGGUUUCGGCAUGAACGCCAUCUGGUACAAUUGA